UCCGUAAACACUGUACGUUUGGAGGUGAGCGUCCAGUUACGCAUGUAACAGAAAAAUGUCUAAAAACCAGAGGAUAGCGCUCAUUUUUGGAGGUUUUAUGACGGCGGUAGCGGCUGCGUUUUACCCCAUAUUUUUCUACCCGCUCACACACAAGGAUGAAUACAGAGAUGUUCAGAGGAUGAAUCGAGCAGGAAUCAACCAGGCAGACGUCCAACCUGUAGGUGUGAAGAUCUGGUCUGAUCCGUUCAAACCUUCAGACAAAUGAUGAACAUCGAACGUGGUCUUCGUCCUCAUGAAGAUUCUGAGCCUUUUUUGACAAACGCCUGAUGUGUGAAUGAAUGUGAUGUUUAUUGAGUGUAAAUAUGAAUAAAGUUUGAAAUUAUUAAGUUACAAAUGUGAGCAUU